UACCGUAAAGUGUUGUGUAUUCGUGCAUACCAAUUCAGGCGGAUACUGGCUUGACCAUUUUGCGAGUGUCAGUUCAGUUAACAAAUGGUCACAUUUGUGCAGUAUUGUUUAAAAAAAAACCCGGCUCGGCUCGGGUUUAACAUUUUGAGGAUCCUUCAAUUUCAAGAAUUUUAAGAGAAAACAACAACAUGGCAUUCCUGUGGGCAUGGCUUGGAGACUUUAUGAAGGUCAAGUCAAAGUAUGGAGACAUUAUGGAGGUUAAAACUACUGGUGCCUCUAAGGAGACAGCAGAUGCUGACGGCCAUGCUAGCGGUUAUAGCGGGGUGACUGCAUCUGAGAGAAUGGCAGAGUAUGACAAAGAUGACAUAAAGGAAUACAUUGACAUCAUCAGAGAGGUGGAGAAAGAGAAUGAAAUAGCCCCGGCUCUCAUCUGUGGCAUCAUCUCAAGAGAGACCAGAGGUGGGAGAGCAAUACGUAAACCGUCCCCACCAAUCGUCCCAAAACAAGGCUGGGGGGACUAUGGAAGAGGCUUUGGGCUAAUGCAGGUUGACGUGGACCCACAAGAAAAGGGGUGAAUGAGACAGUAAGAAACAUCUUGAACAAGCCACUGGGAUUCUAAUUGAUUUCAUUAAAAAAAAUCAAAGACAAGUUUCCUGAAUUUACCGAGGAGCAGCAUCUUAAAGGUGCAACUAUUAUUAAUCAUUAGUUCUAAAAGAGACAUGAGGGGUGCCAUAAUGAAGCCUGAGUGCAGGGAAAUCGAUCACAUGUGGCUGUACUGAUAAGGGCCUCCCCUUAACCGUUUAAGGCCCAUAGAGAGAAUGUCUGACAAUGAUAAGAAUGACCUAAAUAAGUACAAGGCCAUUAUCAAAAAGGUGGGGGGGUGGGUAUGAAAUAGACCCAGCUAUCAUCUGUGGCAUCAUCUCAAGAGUCCAGAGGUGGGAGAGCAAUAUGGGACAAGAAUGGCUGGGGGGGGGGACUAUGGAAAGUCCUUUGGGCUUAUGCAGAUAGGCACUCAGAUUAUAAUUAAUUGAAGUCACUGAUUGGCCAGAGAAUUCCAGUCACUUGGGAGGUAUUCAUAAGGGCAGGCAACACAAAGCAUUUCAGAAAAAAAGGCAGCUUUCUUAUUGGACAAAUCCAGGUAGUCCCUCUGUUUUCUUCCUCUUGGUGCCUAAUGAAUACAUCCCUGGUGUCCAAGGUAUGAAUCAGGUCCUCGAAGCCCAGAUUUGAGAGCUUCGAAUGGAAUUUAUAGGUUAAUAAAGUUGUCUUUCCUAUUUCUGUUUCCGUUAGCAUUUUUUGAUGCUGAGUGCCAUGUUUGAAUGAGAUUACAGUGGGGGCUGGUCGUAGGACCUAUAGGAGGACGGGUUGAUUGU